GUCUGGAGGACCGGCCCGGCUCGGGCUCCUGGGGUGCUGGCGACCAGAACACCUCCUCCUUCGACCCCGGCCGGACCUACAGCGAAGGCGCCCACUUCAGCGAGUCCCACGGCAGCCUCUCUUCGUCCACAUUCCUGGGGCCUGGGCUCACAGGCAAGGGCGGCGAGCGGGGCGGGUUCGCGGCUUUCGGGAGAGACGCGGCUGUCGGCGGCCUGGCUCAGGCUGGCUUCCUGUCCGGCGAGCUGGGCCUCGGCAGCCCCGGGCCGCUGUCGCCCUCGGACGUGAAGGGCAGCACCCCCUACUACGCCUCCUACCCCAGCAACCCCCGGCGCAGAGCCGCAGACGGCGGCCUGGACCCACAGCCGAAGAAGGUCCGGAAGAUUCCUCCUGGUCUCCCUUCCUCGGUGUACCCCGCCAGCUCAGGUGACGACUACGGCAGGGACGCCUCCGCCUACCCCGCCCCCUUCUACGUGGCAGACGGCAGCCUGCACCCCUCCUCGGAGCUCUGGAGCCCCUCGGCCCAGGCCGGCUUUGGGCCCAUGCUGGGCGGGGGCUCGUCCCCCCUGCCCCUCCCGGCGGGCAGCGGCGGCUCCGUGGGCGGCGGCAGCGCCUUCGGUGGCCUGCACCAGCAGGAGCGCAUGGGCUACCAGCUGCACGGAGCCGAGGUCAACGGUGGGCUCCCGGCCGUGCCCACCUUCUCGGCGGCCCCCGCGGCCGCGUACGGCAGUGUCUCCAGCCACACGCCGCCCGUCAGCGGGGCCGACGGCCUCCUGGGCUCCCGAGGGACCACGGCCAGCAGCUCCGGGGACGCCCUUGGGAAGGCACUGGCCUCGAUCUACUCCCCAGACCACGGAAGCAGUAACUUCUCCAGCCCCUCCACGCCCGUGGGCUCCCCGCAGGGCCUGGCAGGGACGUCGCAGUGGCCCCGAGCGGGAGCCCCCGAUGCCUUAUCGCCCAGCUACGACGGGGGCCUGCACGGCCUGCAGAGCAAGAUGGAAGACCACCUGGACGAGGCCAUCCACGUGCUGCGCAGCCACGCGGUGGGCACGGCCGGCGACGCGCACGGGCUGCUGCCCGGCCCCGGGGCGCUGGCCUCCGGCUUCCCGGGCCCCGUGCCGCUGGGCGGGCGCCACGCAGGCCUGGUCGGAGGCGGCCACUCCGAGGACAGCCUCGUGCACAACCACGCGGCCCUGCCCAGCCAGCCCGGCACCCUCCCCGACGCCUACAGCGGACUCGGGCGCGUGGGCGCGGCGGGCGCCGGCGAGAUCAAGCGGGAGGAGAAGGAGGACGAGGAGAACGCGGCCGCGGCCGGCGACGCCGAGGACGACCGCAAGGACAAGGCCCCGCGGCCCCGCCCCAGCCCAGACGAGGACGAGGACGACCUCCUCCCCCCAGAGCAGAAGGCCGAGCGGGAGCGGGAGCGCCGCGUGGCCAAUAACGCGCGGGAGCGCCUGCGCGUGCGCGACAUCAAUGAGGCCUUUAAGGAGCUGGGGCGCAUGUGCCAGCUGCACCUGAGCAGCGAGAAGCCCCAGACCAAACUGCUGAUCCUGCACCAGGCCGUGGCGGUCAUCCUGAACCUGGAGCAGCAGGUGCGAGAGCGGAACCUGAACCCCAAAGCGGCCUGCCUGAAGCGGCGCGAGGAGGAGAAGGUGUCGGGCGUGGUCGGGGACCCCCAGAUGGUGCAUCCGGGCGCCCACGCGGGCCUGAGCGAGGCCCACAACCCGGCCGGGCACCUGUGAGGGCCGCCCGCGCAGCAGGGACCGGCGCAGCCCGGGGCGCUGGGGUGCGGCGGCCGGGCCCGGGCCGCGCGCGCAGCUGCCCCAGAAGACGAUGCCUUACCCGAGCGGAGCGCGCGGCCGCGCCCGCGGGAGCCCAGCACCUCGUGCCUACGCAUAGUAUUUUUUUUAAGGAAAAUAAAAGGAAUGUUAGUUA